UACUGACUACGGUGCCCGAAAUACGCCAUCUUGGUCGUCAUCCAAACCUCCCGGACCCGUCACUUUCGGUUCACACACCCGCAGGGCUUCGACAACAGCUUCCUUUGACGCCUUUGGAGCACAAUUGUCGUGCCCAAUCCCAUUGAAAAUAUGCUUUCCCGGAGAUUGGUCGGCGGGCGUCUGACCCAGGUCACCGCACGCCAGGUCCUCCCCCGCUCUACGUUUUCUCAGAUCCGGUCUGCUUCGACAGCUGAGAAUGACGAUCCAGGCCAGAACGGCAACUAUCCCAACCCCCCGCGCCUGAAGCGGGCAUUCAGAGAUCCCUACGGCGACUGGUUCGACAAACAGGAGAGACGAAACUUUGGCGAACCUCUUCACGAAGACAACGAUAUCCUUAACGUCUUCAGUCCUGAGCAGUACACCCAUGUCACGUCUGGCAAGGCUAUACUAUCCAUCGGGACCUUCGUCGCAGCCUUCCUCGGCUUCUGUGGCCUAGUCUCCUUCUACUAUCCCGACAAGCCAUCGGUGCCUCGCACUUUCCCAGAUGGUCUCGAGAAGGAACUGGGUGGUCCAGGUGCUGUCCGGGCGCGCAAGCAUGGUGAGGAGACUUGGUAAAAGAACUCAGAAAUCUGUGUAAAUAUCAUAGCUAUCUUUUACGGCGUCAAUUCAGGUUUUAUUAGCAAUACGUUUCCAAUGGAUCGAUCAAUUCGCCAUUAUUGGAAAGGAGGAUUCUGCGCCGCUUCCGUUCAAUCUCCGAAGAAGUAUUCUAUUGUCUGCAAAAUGCGGAACUAACUUGUUUUUGCAUUUAGCAUUUACCUAUGUCCUUUAAAUCAGCCCGUUCUGAUUAGCAGGACGACUUCUGACAACGUGCAUCAUUCCCAAGUGUGAGCACAGCAAUCAUGUAUCCCAAGGAGAUCUUAGUCUUGACUCUCGAGAGGUUUGUCCCGCCUUUAAAUUUUGCGAUGGGAGAACGGGGUUCGAUUCGCAUCUUGAGUCAAUUCUUUAAUCGGUAUUAUCUAGCGUAGAAAAGGCCUGAGUAGUCUGACGCUCCCAAGUCA